AUGGAGCCCAGCUUCUGGGACAGUAGGUACGGCGAGGAAGAAUAUGUCUACGGGAGGGAGCCAAACGUACACGUGCGCCAAACCGCGGAACUCUACCUGAAUGCCUCGCCUUGUCACAUCGUGGAGCUAGCUUGCGGCGAGGGCCGGAACGUAGCCUACCUUGUGGCGGCGGGACACCGCGUCACGGCGGUUGACUUUUCCCAUGCAGGACUCGAUAAGACCGUACGACUGGCGGCCGAAAGGGCAGGCAGCUCCGCCGCCGCUCGAGUAAACCCCGUCAAGGCCGACGUGCUGACGUGGCGGCCGCCUGGCGGGCCCGGCAGCGUCGACUGUGUGGUGCUCAGCUUCUGCCACGUGCCGUCCGCGGACCGCCCAGCCUUCAUGGCGGGAAUAGUCGAGAUGCUGCGUCCGGGUGGGAGCGCAGGUGGGCUCCUAAUCAUGGAGGUCUUCCACCCCAACCAGAUACACAAGGGCUACAGGCAAGAGUCCGGCGGACCGCAUGAUCCGGACUUGCUGGUGACGCUGCAGGAGCUCCGAAACCAGCUGGGUCAGUACGCCGGUACCGAGCUUUUAGGGCAGGAGCUGGAGUAUGUACUCGAGCGCGCCUUUGCCAUAAUUUGUCAUGUCAUAAUUUGUCAUGUUAGGACCCGUUGGUGGUUGUCGUUUGUUGUGAGACCCGUGGAGGACGGGAAGCUGGCGUCCCUCUCCCCGGCAAGGAGGACAGCGGAGCUCUGGUUUCUGAUGCGGCCAUAUGGCCUUGAACUGCAAGGACAGCUACCCAGUGCCCCGCACGUUAACCUGUUGGCAGAGACGCUGCAUGCACAAACGUUGGCUGAGUCGGCGCCGCAUUCGGUUGCCUCGAUACCGAUUGUUGGUUCACAGUUGGGCACUGCCGAGGAACCGGGAGCUGCAGCCUCAGUGUAUGUCGCCGCACAGGCUUCUUCUUCUGCCUCUGCUUCUAGAUCAACUACAGCUGCUGUGAGCGCAGCUUCGUUCCUCGGUCCGACUCAUUUAUCACAUCCCGUUGAGGAAAGCUUAAACACCAACUUGAGCACCAGUGCCAAUACAAACGCGGAGCAACAGCAACAGCAGCAACAAACGCAGCAAGGCACGGACUUGUGGAAGCGAAUCGUUGGCGCAGUUCGCACUGUCCAUUGGGGCAAGCUCUGGGCGUUGGCGCUCUUAUUCGUGAGCUAUGUUCACCAGGCCACAACGGGCUUUGCGCUACCAGCCAUGCUGCCAAUGAUUUCCAAUGAACUACACCUCGACGACAUGCAGGAGGGCGCUCUCCUCACCACGGGCUACAGCUACCUUUACGCUGUAGCCCUGGUCCCCAUCGGCUUGCUGGCUGAUAGAGUCAGUCGUCCUCAGCUGCUGGCUGCCGGCCUGGCUCUGUGGUCCGUACUCACAUGUACGGCAUCCACGUGCCGCUCCUUCGGGGAACUCAUGUUGGCGCGUGUGGGUUUCGCCGCCGCGCAGGGCGCACAAAACCCCGUGUGUUUCUCCCUCAUUCCCGAGCUUUUCCCCGUGAAUAAAUCCACUGCACUAUCGUUGUACAAUUGCGCCAUCUACGUGGGACGCGCUCUGAGCUUCGCGGCGGUGCUGUUGGCACGGCACCUGCACGACAACGACCAGGCUCAUUUGGCGGCUCGUGGCGGAUUGCGCAUGGAGACCCGUCUUGACCAUCUGGACCGAGCUGACCUGCACAGCCUGUCCAUCAUGCACACGGCCGGUGACAUGGCGGCAGCUACCCCCGAUAAGGAAUUCAACUUUCCGCUGUGGGAGUACGGCAACGAGCUGCCUGACUCAGCUUGGCGCCAGGUGCUUCGAUGGAUCGCUAUUCCCGGAUUCCUUAUUGGUCUAGCCAUGGCGACGACCCUUCAGGAGCCCCGUCAGGCUGCCGUACAGCAGCUAGCGGCAGCGCCGCCUGCACCCGCGCCGGCGGUCGUCGCCGGCGUCGCUACCCCCCCGGCGGCAGCACUGACCGGCGCCGCCGCCGCCUUGCCGGCGCCGCCACUGUUGACCAGCGCGACCCAAGAUAAGCCCGCCGAUGCGCCAGCGGCGGCGGCGGCGGCGACGGCUGCCGCCAGCGGCUCCAACAUCAUGGCGUUGCUGCGUUCGCCUGGGUUCAUGUCUGUAACGCUGGCGGCGGCGCUGAAUGACGUCGGCUCGUACGCGCUCAUAGCCUGGCAGUCGACAUUUUACGAACGAGUGUACAAUUUGGAGCCGCCAUCGUAUGCACCAGUGCUGGCAGCGCUGCUCCCCAUCGGCGGCAUCCUCGGCGGCGUCGGCGGCGGCUACCUGGCCGACCGCCUCAGUGCCAUCGGCCGCCGGGGGUGGGUCACCGCGGGAGCCACCUGCGUGGCGGCGCCCUGCCUGGCCGCCUCCUGUCUGGCGCCCACCGCGGAGUUCAGCUACGCGGCCCUGCUGGUGGGCUUCGCGCUGAGUGAGAUGUGGAGGGCGCCGUCGGCGGUCAUGGCCAGGUGCGGCAGCGGCCGGCCCCUGCGCGCUCCGUUUGAGCGGCAGGGCGGGGCUGAGAAGCUGUACGACAUCGAGAUGAAGGCAAAGAAUAAGGCCCAGAUGAGCUAG